AAUGAAAUUUAAACAUAGACACAAUUCAAUAUACAAUAAUUAUGAUAACAUUUAAAAUAUUAUCCAUUUAAUUCAUUUAAAGAAUUACAAAAAUCGUUUAAUUAAAUCAUUAAAAGAAAACAAAACAAAAAAGAGAAAAAAAGAAUAAAAGAAAAAGAAAAAGAAGAAGCAAAAAGAAUAAUCAUCAUGGAACGAACUUCGAAAUUAAUGCAUAAUUUACGUUUUAGACAAAAACAGUUUCAUUCACAAAUGGCCAAAUUAAAAAUUAUCUCAAUGAUAUUGAAUUCAAUAUUAAUCAUCAUUGGUAUCAUUAUAUUUAGUUCUGUAUUAUUAGUGAUUAGUUAUCCAAUAUGGUUGAAAAUGUUUAUAUCAUUACAAAAAAUUACAAUUAGUUAUGCAAUAUUAAUAUGGAUUGUAUUUUUUUGUAUUACAUCAAUAAUAUUAGGAAUUAUUGGAAUAUUUUCUAUACAACGUAAAGCAACAUUAAUAUUAGGCAUACAAAUAUUUGCCCUGGUAUUUUUAGCAGUGUUAGAAAGUGGUAUUCUUUAUACUAUACUAUCACAAUGGUUAAGACAUUUAGAAGUUGGUGUAACAUUUGCUGUUCAAAUGUUUCAACCUGGCUUAGAAGAUAAAACAGUUAUGGCAAAUAUACAAGAAGCUCUUCAUUGUUGUGGUAGAGGAUCUUAUGACGAUUAUGGUGUGGCUAAUGAAGCAAUACCUAAACAACAUGUACCAUAUUCAUGUUGUGAUUUACAAACUUAUACAAAUGAACAUUGUAAUAAUGCAUCAAAAUUAACCAAAAAUAAACUUACUUCAUUAACAAUACAAUCACCUGAAAUGAAUAAUCUAUUUUAUGUUAUUCCAUAUUAUUUAGCUUAUCCUGAAGGUUGUGUAAAUCGUUUAAAAAAUUUAUUUUUACCAAUAGUUAUUGGAUGUUUUUGUCUUUUAAUAUCUGUGAAUAUUAUUGCAACAUUUAUCAAUUGUUUCUAUGUACAAAAAGCUGCUGAUGAAGAAGAAUAUGAACAAAAUUGGCUUGAUUCACAAAAUUUUUUAAAAGAAACUAAAGAAGCAUUUUGUUUAAAACCACAAAAACAAGUAGAAAUUUCAUGUGAUGCUUCAAUUUCAAAUGUAGAUGAUCUAAGUGUAUUUCAAGGACAAUUAUCCCGUCGACGAACUAGUUCUAUACCAAGUGAUACGGAUUAAAUCAAUAACGUAUUGAUUUCAUUCUGUUUUUUUUUGUUAUUUUAUCUGUAUAUUCCACAAAGUGUUUGUUUUUUUUGUUUUGUUUUCAUUUUUCAUGAAGUCAACUAUUUCCAAAUAGUUACUUCUUUAAAAAAGAAAAGAUCAACAGUUUUUUUGUGUGUCUGUGAUGAGAUGAUGAAAUAAUAAUUCUGUUAGAAUAACUGUCAUGAUUCUUCUGUUUGUCUCUAACAAUUAACCUUCUUUGUAUUUAUGAUUGUUCUUUGUAACACAAUGAUAUGUAUUCAUUUGAUCAUCUGAUUAUAUAUAUAUUAUGGAUUGAAAUAAUAAAGAACCCAUACCUCAUCGAACUAUAAACGUUCAUUUAAGUUAAUUUCCAAGUGUAUGGUAUUUUAUAUUUAUAGCUUUUCUGAUAUGGUUACUUAGCGUUUUUUUUAGAGAGUUAGUUUUCUACGGAAAGCGGAUAUGAAAAGAAUGAACAACAACUGGAAGGAGCUGGAAAGGAUUGCCCAGGAUAGGGUUGGAUGGAGAAUGCUGGUAAGAGGCUUAUGAUUCUUCACGAGAAGUAACAGGCGUAAUAAUAAUAAAUAAUGAUAUGGUUGCUUGGUUGGCUGAUCGACCAGUCGGUUCGUUGGUUGGUCAAUGGCAUUUACUUGUUUAUAAUAUACAAGGAAAACAUGUUUAAUCAUAAACUAUAAUUCUAUUUCGUUAGUAUUCAUUUUGAAAAAAAACG